CCCAAAGCCUUCUUUCCUGGCCAGAGUAGUGCUUCCAUUCUAACAGGUUCCUCCAUCUCCUAAAGUCAUUUUGGUUUGCUCUCUGUUCCACGGUAUAUAUACGUACAUAUCUCUGGUAGAAGCAAUCAGUCUCGAUUGAUUACCUCCACUGCAUAUAUCUUUAAGAAAUACCUUUGCAUAUUGUUUGUGCUUCCCAGGUUGCAAAUUUACUAGCCCCAUAUUUCAGGGCUAAAUCUUCAGGAGGAUGGAAGUCUACUAGAGCAUAGAACAGUGGACGAAAGUGUGCUGGAGCGUAGACUUAACGGAGUCGAGGACCCGAAGGAUCUUCCAUUACCACUGUUGCAGCACAUCACGAAUGAUUUCUCUGAAAAUAGAAAAAUUGGCCAGGGUGGAUUUGGAGCUGUUUACAAGGGUGUACUCCAAAGUGGGAAACAUGUUGCUGUGAAGAGGAUAUAUGUGAAUGAGUACACAAUUGAUGGCAAGGCAUUCCGCCGGGAGUUCAAUAGCCUGGUGAAAACUAAUCAUGAAAAUGUAGUCCGGUUUCUUGGCUUCUGCUCUAAUACACAUCAGACAUCUAUAAAAGUGGCUGCGACAGGAAAAAAUGACUUGGUCAACAUUAAUGAAAGAUUGCUCUGCUUAGAGUACAUUAGCAAUGGAAGUCUUGAUACACAUAUUACUGAUGAAUUAAGGGGACUUCCAUGGGAAACACGUUAUGAGAUAAUCUUCGGAAUUUGUAAGGGUCUGUGUUAUCUUCACGAAGAAAAAGGAAUUGUUCAUAUGGAUCUUAAACCGGCAAACAUAUUACUAGAUGGCAAAAAUAUGGUUCCAAAAAUCACCGAUUUUGAUUUGUCAAGACCGGAUGAAAACUCACAUACUACUGGUCAAUGUGUUGGAACGCAAGGAUAUAUCGCUCCAGAAUACCGGGACGCUAGCAAAACUUCAAUGAAAUGUGACAUAUAUAGUUUGGGGGUCGUAAUCAUUGAAUUGGUAACGGGAUGUAAGGGCCUCCCUGACGAACAUAAGGUACUUCGAAGAUGGAGACAUAGGUGGAGUAAGCCACCAACAAUACUACAACUCCAGCAAGUAACCAGAUGUAUUAAGAUAGGAGUGAGGUGCAGGGAAAAGAAACCAGAGCAUAGGCCACCUAUAUCAGAAAUAAUCAGCUUCCUGGGUGAACCUGCAAGCACCGAUGACCACACUAGCCAGAUAUGCCCUGAUUACAAUGAAGACGACAUGCUUGGGAUUAAGCCGCUUGAACUACGACUUCCUUCUGAGGGAAAGAAGGAGAUAUCAUGCUCAGUUGAACUAACCAACGAUACAGCUAAUUGCAUUGCCUUCAACAUCCAACCCUCAAGACCUCGACUCUAUGGUGCACAACCAAAUAAAGGCAUUGUGAGACCUCAAUCCAAGUAUGGUGUGAAGAUAACAGUGCCGCCACAACAUAUCGAACAUGUUGAAAAGUUCAUCAUUAAGAGCAGAAAAGUGAGUGAGGGCCUUGGAGAUGAGACUAUCAUAGAAUGCAUGUUCGAAGAGGCUGGUAUAGUUGUUGAUGAGGUGGAUUUGAAGAUUAAAUAUAACCCUAUUUUCGAAAAGAGCAAACUGCUUCCGGAGAGAGCAAUAUUUUCACGCCAUUAUCAUACAAAUAUGAAAUACCUACAGGAAGAAAGUGACCAAGCAGUCGAUGUCACAAGGGGAGCUAUGGGCAGCGUGCUUGACAAGUUGGGAAAGCUCAUCACAGAGGAAAACAACCUAGAACAUAACAUGAAGAUUGACAUCGAGUCUUUUUCACAAGAAUUGAUGAAACUUCACCUUGACUUGCCCAAGCUGGAAAAGCAUGAUGGGGUUAAAUUUUGGGUUAAUGAGGUCAAGGAGCUAUCAUAUAAGAUUGAGGAUAUGGUCGACGGCUUGUUGGUGCCUGUCGAGCAUGAAUCUACUAGUAGUGAGCUCUCGGAUGAGGGUCUAGAUCCCUGGCAGUAUGCCAUCAAUCAUAUUGGUCGUGUGAUCAAAGACAUCAAGAACAAAGUUCAGUGUGUGACUGACAAUAGAAAUAUGUACAAUUUUGAUGUCAAUAAUGUUUUAGCUAAUGUAAAAGCUAAAGCGACCACUGGCCUUCAAAUUUGGGCUAAGAAGGAUAAAGAAGAACUAAUUGGCAUUGAAAAACCAAGAGAUGAGCUAAUAAGCCUAUUUGAGGAGGAUGGCAAUGUACCAAACAAUAAGCUCAAGAUAUUCUCUAUCGUCGGUAUGGGAGGAUUGGGUAAGACCACACUUGUGAAGGCUGUGUAUGACAAGCUGGAAGCACAAUACCAUCCUAUGGCUUUUGUCAAGGUGGGCCAGAAUGUUGAUGUGAAGGUAGUUUUGAAGAACAUUCUAACUGGAUGUGGAAAGGAUGCAACAAACAUGGAACAUUUGGAUGUGGAGCAGCUCACCAGUCAACUCCAGCAAUUGCUCAUGUAUGAGAGAUAUUUCAUAGUAAUUGAUGAUCUAUGGGAUUCUGAAACAAUGAAUAAUGAAACUUGGGAUACUAUUAAAUUUGCUUUGCCAGGAAACAACUAUGGUAUUAGAGUGAUCACAACAACAAGGAUUGAUCAUGUUGCUCGUGCCUGUUGCUAUGAUGAAAUGAAAUGUAUUCGUAUGAUGAAUCCACUCAGUGACAAUGACUCAAGAACACUAUUCUUAAGCAGAAUAUUUGGUCCGAAGGAACCUUGCCCAGAUGCACUUAAAGAUAUUUCAAUUCAUAUUCUAAAAAGAUGUGGUGGUUUGCCACUUGCUAUCAAUAGUAUAGCAAAUCUUCUAAUUGGUGAUCAGCGAAGGUCAACCUGGGAUGAUGUAAGGCAAAAUUGGAGUGCUAUGAUGAAAGGAAAUGCUCUUGAAAGGAUGAACCAGAUAUUGGAUCUGAGCUACGUACAUCUCCCUUAUCAGCUGAAGACAUGCCUUCUUUAUGUUGGUAUGUAUCAAAAUAGCAACAAAGAUCUACAUCAUAUGUUGAGGAAAUGGGUUGCAGAAGGUUUCGUAGAAAAGAGUACAAACGAUGAGGUAGAUGAAGAUGUUGCAGAAUUAUACUUGAGGGCACUCAGAGGGAUGUGUAUGUUACAAGUAGAUAAGGUAGGCUACUGCAACGGUGAUGUAUUGCAUUACAGAGUACACCCUAUAAUGCUUGAUCUUAUCAGAGUCAAGGCCGCAAUAGAGAAUUUUAUUCAUGUAAUUGAUGGUUCAAAAAGUAUGGGAGGGGAUAUCCAUCGAGUCUCAGUCCACCACAAUGAUAAAGUGGAUAAGCAAAUUUGGGGAGCAAUCGAGGAAGGGUCGCUAUCGCAUGUUCGGUCAGUCUUUCUUCGUCGAAGCUCACUUGUGCCUUAUUUUCUGGAACUUAAGUAUGUCCGAGUGCUACACAUUGAAUAUAAGUACUCUUCCAUGGAUGGCCUAGAUCUCACCGGCAUCAAUAGGUUGUCUCUCCUAUGGUAUUUGAAGGUUAGUUCUGUUGACGAGUCUAUAUAUGAGCUUAAGCUACCUAGUAAAAUUGGGGACCUCCAGGAAUUGGAGACCAUAGAUCUGCAUAAUGCAUCCCUGAAAAACUAUCCAUCAGAUAUAGUUAGUUUGCCAUGGUUAAGGCAUCUCAUCUCGACAGGAAAUAAAGUUGGUGUAGUAUUACCUGAUGAGAUCGAGAGGUUAGAAACCCUGCGCACUCUAGUAGGCGGUUUGAAUGGAAGGUCGGUGCAUACACUAGUAGAAAAGAGGGCAAUGGUCCAGGCCGGUCCAGCCCAUUAG